AUGUCCGACCAAGAAGCCUGCAUACCCCGUGUAUUCUUUGUGCGCCAUGGAGAGACUGAAUGGGCAAAAUCAGGCCGAUUUACGGGUGUUACAGACAUCGAUCUUACUCCAAUCGGCGCUGAGCGGAUCUCCUCAGCAGCAAAGAUUCUUGUGGGCUCUGGCAAGCCACUUGAUCCAUCCCUUUUAGCAACAGCUUUUGUCAGUCCUAGGAAGAGGGCGACCAGGACCUACGACCUCCUGAUGGCUGGUCAGCAGAAGCUGAAUGUUGACAUCACUCAAGACAUUGCUGAAUGGAAUUAUGGAGAUUACGAAGGAUUGAAGAUUGAACAAAUCAGAGAGCGGAGAAAAAAGAAAGGCCUAGAUCUGGAAUCGCCGUGGGACAUCUGGAAAGACGGGUGUGAGAAAGGGGAGUAA